AUGGUACCUUCAAAAAUUGCCUAUGCACUGCUGUUUCUGCAAAUCGCGCCAUCGCUUGGUCCUGGCGGUCCAGUGGUCAGUGCAAAACUACAAUUUCAUUACGAGCCCGGUGCAGUAGACCUAGGAAGGAUAACCAAAGAGGAGUGGGCGGCUGUGCAAAGCGACCUGUUCCGAUACGAGAACGCGCUCGAGAGCUUUCGCAAAGCAAAUGGAAGUGACGGCUAUGUAAAACCGGGCCAAGCCGGGCAACUGCAAGAAUCCGUCCAGAGUUGGAUCGACGCGUCAAGCCUUGAGUAUCGACGAUAUGCGCAAAUAAUAUACUGCGAAGAUAACAACAAAAAUAGUGGUAUGGUUUGGGGCUGGAAAUGCUUGGAGCCGGCAUUCUGCCAGGAGAUGAGAGUGAGCGAUCUGUGCGUCCUCUUCGUCUUUUUCCAACGCGACAAGUUCCCCACGCCCAAUGUGACGUUAGCCGAGGAACGUGUUCCGCUAUACAAGAAGAUGGGAGACGCAGAACUUUUCUAUAGGACUGGGUCGCGGAAGCCAUCAUGGCGAGACGCGAGCAUGCUCCCCAUCUAUGAUAACACUAUGCCUGGGUAUUACGUGAAAAUUUGGCUAAAAUCGGCGGACACCACCGAAGACCAUACUGCUAUCCAACACGGUGGAUACGCACGAGCCGUCCGGGCGGAACAUAUUUACGAUGCACGCUACGUCGUGCAUUACAUAUUCUUCUUU